CUGCCUCGGUACCGUAGGGUUUCUCCGUUAUAGGAAACGGCACGCGCUUCCGCGGUCUCCAUCCCUUUCCACCGUCCCUCCUCCCUUCAUCCGCCUCUGGGCCAGCCCCCCUACCGAACACCGGAUUCUGAGCGCUUGCACUAGGUGGGCUCGCUCAAGCAGCCACACCGGGACCGAGUGAAAACGUCGAGGAGAAGUGUAACCCGGAAAAAAAAAACAGUCGCUGUCGAACAAACGGGAGCAGCCACAACAACAUCAUUUUCAUCCCCGUCCUUCCUUCAGUUGUCGUUAUUAUCGUUCUGUGCAAUAACGUGCGUCCCGUUGUGCUAUUAAGCUACGGAACGACCAAUUUUGUUUACACGCGCGAAGUGUUAAGGACGGACUUGAAGAUGAAAUAACGCACUGUGAAGACGACUUAGGACAACGGGUCUCCGGAACCGCGUGAAGAGAGAGUAUGAAGUUUGCGGUUAGAGUGUUGUGGCUGUUGUGGUUCGCGGUCAGCGAUGCAACGAUUGAAGCUCCGGAGGAGUUUGUGUCUCUGGCUGAACUAGAGGAUGCGCUGUUGACAAACUUGUUUAGGGGGUACCAGAAAUGGGUCCGACCCGUCCUGCAUGCCAAUGACACCAUCACUGUACGCUUCGGACUCAAAAUCUCCCAGCUGGUGGAUGUGGAUGAGAAGAAUCAGCUCAUGACUACAAAUGUCUGGCUAUGGCAGGAGUGGGUGGAUGUGAAACUGCAGUGGAAUCCAGAUGAGUAUGGAGGAAUCACGUCCAUCCGGGUUCCCUCUGAAACAAUAUGGCUGCCGGACAUCGUCCUCUAUGAGAAUGCCGACGGGCGUUUCGAGGGCUCUCUGAUGACCAAGGCCAUCGUGAGGUGGGACGGUACCAUCAUGUGGACUCCCCCGGCUAGCUAUAAGUCAUCAUGCACCAUGGACGUCACCUUCUUUCCCUUCGACAGACAGAACUGCUCCAUGAAGUUCGGCUCGUGGACCUAUGACGGCAACAUGGUGGACUUGGUCCUGGUCGAUCACUACGUGGACCGCAAGGACUUCUUCGACAACGGUGAGUGGGAGAUCCUCAACGCCACGGGCGCCAAGGGCAGCCGCAGGGACGGGAUCUACUGGUACCCUUUUGUGACGUACUCCUUCAUCCUGAAGAGGCUUCCCCUGUUCUACACGCUCUUCCUCAUCAUCCCCUGCCUCGGCCUGUCCUUCCUCACCGUCUUGGUGUUCUACCUCCCGUCCGACGAAGGAGAGAAGCUGUCGCUGUCGACGUCCGUCCUGGUGUCUCUCACCGUGUUCCUCCUGGUCAUAGAGGAGAUCAUACCGUCUUCAUCUAAGGUUAUCCCGUUGAUUGGAGAGUACCUCCUCUUCAUCAUGAUCUUCGUCACCUUCUCCAUCAUCGUGACGGUGUUUGUCAUCAACGUCCACCACCGCUCCUCCGCCACCUAUCACCCCAUGGCCCCCUGGGUAAAGAGCCUGUUCCUGCAGAGAUUACCCAGACUCCUCUGCAUGAGGGGACACACUGACAGGUACCACUACCCAGACAUUGAGCUGCGCAGCCCCGAGCUGAAGACCCGUGGAGGUCCAGGGCGGAGGGGGGCAUCAGGGCAGGGCCAAGGCCAGCAGAGAGGCCCUGCAGGGGGGAAGGAGGAUGAGAACCAUGCCUGGCUGGCCAUGUUGGAGAAAGCCACCAACUCUGUACGCUACAUCAGUCGUCACAUCAAGAAGGAGCACUUUAUCAGAGAGGUUGUGCAGGACUGGAAGUUUGUGGCUCAGGUGUUGGACAGGAUCUUACUGUGGGCCUUCCUCACUGUGUCCAUUCUUGGUACCAUCCUCAUCUUCACUCCCGCCAUCAGCUUGUACCUCACUACCCCUCCUUACAACACAUAGUCCCUGGACCCUGACCCCUGCACUCUAACCCCUGACCCCUACACACAUCCCUCCUUACAACACAUAGUCCCUGGACCCUGACCCCUGCACUCUAACCCCUGACCCCUACACACAUCCCUCCUUACAACACAUAGUCCCUGGACCCUGACCCCUGAACUCUAACCUCUGACCCCUACACACAUCCCUCUGUACAACGCAUAGUCCCUGGACCCUGAUCCCUGCACUCUAACCCCUGACUCCUACACACACCCCUCCUAACAGCACAUAGUCCCUGGACCUUGACCCAUGCACUGUAACCCCUGUGACCUCCACACAUCCCUCUGUACAACGCAUAGUCACUGGACCCUGAACCCUGCACUCUAACCCCUAAACUCUAACCACUGCAUUCUAUGCACUGACCUCUACUUACUGACCCCGGACACCAUAAACACUAACCCCUACGACCUCUCACCCCAGACCCCAUAAACACUAACCCAUAUGACCUCUCAACCCAGACCCCAUAAACACUAACCCCUAUGACCUCUCACCCCAUAAACACUAACCCCUUCUUACCAACCCUGGACACUUACUAACCCUGUAUUUGAGGGUCCUAUAUUCGGACCCAGUGUUGACCGGUCCUGGUUCUGAUGACCCAGUGGGAGCCUGUGUCAGUUUCUGACCAAGCACACAGUGGCAAGCAUUAUUUUCUGAUCAUGGGAGCAACAAUUCACACCCAAAAGCUUUCACAAACAGCAUUUCACCAUGGGUGAAAUGUAUAAGUGAAAUAUGUUGGUAACUAAGCUGGGUUAGAUUUAGCAGUGAAUGUAUCAAACUAAACAUGUUUGUUAUUAUUAAUAAAGAAAAAGGUCUGUAAGUUCUAGGGGGGAAAUUAUCAGCCCUUUAGGUCCCUAGGGUUGAUUAGAAAACAAAACCCAAAACCAUGACCUUCACACCCCAGCCUCCACUACCAUCAUCAUGUCUUCAGACGUUCAUGCCCAACAUUGUCGAUCCUGACCAAGUCCCCGACCACAACUCUCAAACCCUGCCAAAAGCACCCUGUCCAUCUCCUUUCCUCCCCAAGACCUCCAAACCACCUGGCAACAAGGUAGAUUCCCCAUCUGGACUUCAGCUCCUCGCCUGGAAACUACCACAACUACACUGAAUAACAAUUCGCCUCUAGACUUUGUUACUGAAUCUUAGCCUGAGUUCCGGUCUGUUUGUGUCAUCCGGCUAAAUCCAUUUAGUUCAUUGUCACGCCUGUUGCCGGCCUGGUUCCAGAUCCGUUUGUGCAGUCAUUCCAACCCAAAGGGGUUAACGUGACAGGACCAGCAGGACAGGAUCCGGGUCAGUAACAGCCUUGCAAUGACAGUAAUGGAGUUGACAAGAGGAGAGCGCCCAGCCGGAACCAAGCUAACUGCGCAUCUGUUCGGUCCUCCCAAUUCGCCUCGACUCGUCGGCCUCUGCGAAAUGUACACGGACAACAAAGCAAUAACAGGGCCGCCCACAUCUUAAACCACCACGUCUGUAUGUUAUGAUUUAGAGAUGUGUCGGUUUGCGUUAAAAACCUACACGCUGGAAUGCCUGCUAAAUGUUAUUUUUCUGGCCUUUCUGUUGUAACGGUCAUGAAUGACACACUAUGGGUUAUUGAGCACAAUGUCACACACACACACAAACACACACACUAACUGUAGCUGUCUUUCUGUCACAUGUCCUGUAACAUUUUAUUAGAAAUAAACAUCUUCAGCGUCAGAGUC